UUGGCAAGGAACUUAUUAAAGCCAGGAGAGCAACAUGGCAAGGCAGGCUAGGAAUGCGCUCCAAAGGCCUUUGAAAUUGAGCCAAGAUGUACCCCUUGAUUCUGUUUUGCUGGUGUUUCCAUAGCUGAUUUCAUAGAGCCAGUAACGCUGGGCUUUUUGCAAAGAAGGAAUCCCUUCUCCAUCAGUUUGAGUUGUCUCCAUUCCACGUUGAGAUGCUGGCAGAAAGCUUUCUCACUGGCAUCGCCUACACGGCUGAGUUGGCCAAACCUCGCCGAUGUGUUGGACUGAAAUCCGUGGAAGGAGAAUGCUGGCAUGAGAGGUUGGUGAGCAAAGAUGACCACCAAGAUUUCCAUGCAGAGUCCAAGCAGAUGGCUACGCAAAAGUUGGAGGCAAGACGUGAGAUGGAGAUGGAUCAAAGCACUGCCUUGCAGAAUUCGAUUAGAAACCCACUGCUUAUGAAUGGAUCUAACAACGUCCUUCUUUCAGCUCCACAGCCUAUAGCAAGAAGAGAGCAACACUGUGAAAAUGAGCUGGAUUUGUAUAGAUCUUGGUCCAGCCAAAGCCUUUAUCAGAACUACCCUGAUCUCCAUAUUGGAGGGGACCACAUUGCGGACCAUACUUGCGAUUCAGGUUGCAUCCUGGACCAGGGUUACGAUGAGCUCUCCCCUGGUCCUGUCCUGUUGUCUAAAGAUAUUCCAAUAGGUCAUUCCCUUGGAAAUGAAUCCCUGCAGAAACCCAGGGUGAUAAAGUUCUGGCCUGGGGAUGAGACUGGGGAGAAGAGCAUGAUGCCCCACAAGGAGCCCUUGUCCAACUCCAUGCUCAACAACUACAUGGAAACAAAAGUCCAGGAAUUCUACAAGCAGUUUUGGGAAGAGAAGCUGACAGGCUGCAGUUCCCUCAACCACUUGACAACACCAUAUUUGCUGAUGAAUAACAUGAGCGAGAUGCCCACAGAGCCACACGCCGAAGCGUCCAACGCCCUGUUGCAAUCCUUAGCUCUGUUUAGUUUGCAAAACCCCAGCAGUGGAAACAGCAACGAAUUCAGCACGCCAAAUUUGCAAAUCUCCGCUCCACUUUGCAAAAAGAAAUCCAUGCCAAUACAGUCUGGUUCGUGAUGGAAAAAGAAGUGCUUCUUUAGAAAGGAUGAAUACUACUUUUAGUUACUGUAUUGGUGCCACAAAACAUUCGCCCCCAAGCCAAUGACAGUUCAAACAACAGCAUUGCUCUUCUAAUACUGGGUUGCGAAUGAACUGUUGCGCUGUGAUUGUCACAAGACUGUUUUGCAAUGAAUGCAACCGUUAGACACUACUAGUGACUUCAAGCCAAAAGCAUUGAACUUCUGCUAAGCAUGUUAAUUUCUGAUUAAAGUUUUCUGCAAAAGUUUUAAUUAAACAUUCCCAGCUCAUUAAAACAAACUGGGGGAGGCCUUUCACAUUAAAUCAGUGUUUCUCAACCUUCCUAAUGUCGUGACCCCUUACUACAGUUCCUCAUGUUGCGGUGACCCCCAACCAUACAAUUAUUUUUGUAGCUACUUCAUAAU